AUGAAUGGGAAUGUUUGGAAUAUCAAAGACAUGUUCAGCACUUCUGCAGCUAUGGGACCUAAUAAACCAUCUAGCUGGACAAGUGGUCCUAAUGAUUACAAUAGUAUGAGUGAUUCUCAGUUCCUCUUUGGUUCCCAGUUCUGCCCGGAGACUUCACAGUCGGCAUCAACUCCACUUGAAUUUAAUGUCCAACAAAGACCAGGCAAAAAUUCACAGCAAAAUUCUCAGGACAGUGAGCCCAGUAUUUUUACCAAAUACCAGUCUAAACCACAGCUCUUUGGUAGCGAUGGAAAGGAAAGAGGUUCACUUAAUUUUCCUACUGGAAGAUUUAAAAGUGCCUUGGAGCAAUUUGAAGAGAAUAAGAAAAAGAUCAAGGAAAAGCAUGAUAGUGAGGUUUUAAACAGCUUUAUUUCGAAUACCAAAGAAAGUCUUCAAAAGUUGCAGUCAUCCUUAGACAAGUCUGAAGAAACUCUGAAAUCCAUGUUGGAUGGUUUGGGCAACCUUGCUAAGACAACGCAAGAAACAUCUCAGUCCCAUUAUGGAUUGAUCCUGAAUGCUCUGAAAGACAGAAGUGAAAUGGAGCAGAUGUUACUCGGGAUGAAGAAAAUGCUUGAAGAUAAAGAUGCGGAAUUCUCAGAUCUGAAAUCCAGCCUGCAGUUGCUAAAGGGAAGUCUGGAGCAAUUAACAACUCAGCAGAAUGAGCAGCACCUGAAGCUCUGUGAACAGCUAGGCAGCCUGCAGCUCCCCAACCUUUUGGCAGAAUUGCAGGCAUUCAUUUCUGCACCCAAAACGCUCAGUCAUAUAAAGGACAAUGCUUCCCAGACCUCGCCUGAUACGACGUCUACCAAGCAAUCUCCUAAUUCAAAAUUAAAUGCUACUGCUGGAAGCAAGUUUAUUUCUAGUGAUAGUGCCUCCCAAGGCAAAGAAAAUGUCAAUAAUAAACAGCUGAAGAGUCAUAUUCCAACCACAGGCCAGUAUGACAGCAAUACUCCUUGCACUUGCCAGUCAGGGGACAACGCUGAGGGCGACAUCUUCUUAGGGCUGGAUCUGUGA